AUGACUACAUUCCAAAAACUCCCAGAUUCCAACAUGUCUUAUGGAUUUUUGCAAAUAGACCGUGGUGGUAACGGGAAACGGUCGUUAGGGCAUGACACUGGAGAAAAGCUAGCACAUCCAAGAAAAACAUACCU